AUGUACUUCUUCCUCUCCAACCUGUCCUUGACUGACAUCGGUUUCACCUCCACCACCGUCCCCAAGAUGAUUGUGGACAUCCAAACUCACAGCAGAGUCAUCUCCUAUGUGGGCUGCCUGACUCAGAUGUCUCUUUUUGCCGUUUUUGGAGGCAUGGAAGACAUGCUCCUGAGUACACAGUGCUGGGUGUUGGUUUACUUGUUUCCUUUUUUUCAACCCUCUUUUCUACUCAAAAGUUGUCCAAACCGUGCAGAUCCACGGAAUCUAACAGAUGUCUCAGAAUUCCUCCUCCUGGAACUCUCAGAGGAUCCAGAACUGCAACCUGUCCUCGCUGGGCUGUUCCUGUCCAUGUACCUGGUCACCGUGCUGGGGAACCUCCUCAUCAUCCUGGCCGUCAGCUCUGACUCCCACCUCCACACCCCCAUGUACUUCUUCCUCUCCAACCUGUCCUUGACUGACAUCGGUUUCACCUCCACCACCGUCCCCAAGGUGAUUGUUGACAUCCAAACUCACAGCAGAGUCAUCUCCUAUGUGGGCUGCCUGACUCAGAUGUCACUUUUUGCCGUUUUUGGAGGCAUGGAAGACAUGCUCCUGAGUGUGAUGGCUUAUGACCGGUUUGUGGCCAUUUGUUACCCUCUGUAUUAUCCAGUCAUCAUGAACCCAUGUUUCUGUGGCUUCCUAGUUUUGUUGUCUUUUUUUCUCAGUCUUUUAGACUCCCAGCUGCACAACUGGAUUGCCUUACAAAUUACCUGCUUCAAAGAUGCGGAAAUUCCCAAUUUCUUCUGUGACCCCUCUCAACUCCCCCACCUUGCCUGUUGUGACACCUUCACCAAUAACAUAGUCAUGUAUUUCCUUGCUGCCAUAUUUGGUUUUCUUCCCAUCUUGGGGAUCCUUUUCUCUUAUUAUAAAAUUGUUUCCUCCAUUCUGCGGGUUCCAUCAUCAGGUGGGAGGUAUAAAGCCUUCUCCACCUGUGGCUCUCACCUGUCAGUUGUUUGCUUAUUUUAUGGAACAGGCGUUGGAGGGUACCUCAGUUCAGACGUGUCCUCUUAUCCCAGAAAGGGUGCAGUGGCCUCAGUGAUGUACACGGUGGUCACCCCCAUGCUGAACCCCUUCAUCUACAGUCUGAGAAACAGGGACAUUCAAAGUGCCCUGCGGCAGCUGCAAGCCAGAAUACUCUAA